AUGUUUUGGGAAGUAAUUUCAGAUGAACAUGGCAUAGAUCCGACUGGGACAUACCAUGGGGACUCCGAUUUGCAGUUAGAACGCAUUAAUGUAUACUAUAAUGAAGCAACUGGUGGAAAAUAUGUUCCAAGAGCUGUUCUUGUUGAUCUUGAACCGGGAACUAUGGACAGUGUAAGAGCUGGCCCUUUCGGGCAACUUUUCCGUCCCGACAAUUUUGUAUUUGGUCAAAGUGGCGCUGGAAAUAAUUGGGCUAAAGGGCAUUACACCGAGGGAGCUGAACUGGUUGAUUCAGUUUUGGAUGUUGUUAGAAAAGAAGCAGAGUCAUGUGACUGCCUUCAGGGUUUCCAAUUAACUCAUUCGCUUGGUGGUGGCACUGGAUCUGGGAUGGGAACUUUGUUAAUAUCCAAAGUAUCCGAUACUGUUGUUGAACCAUACAAUGCAACUCUGUCAGUCCAUCAGCUUGUCGAAAACACAGAUGAAACAUAUUGCAUCGACAACGAAGCACUUUAUGAUAUAUGUUUUAGAACUCUUAAGCUUACAACACCUACGUACGGUGAUCUAAACCAUCUCGUAAGUGCAACAAUGUCGGGUGUAACGACCUGUCUCCGUUUUCCUGGUCAACUUAACGCAGACCUUCGAAAGCUUGCAGUAAAUAUGGUUCCAUUUCCCAGACUACAUUUCUUUAUGCCGGGUUUCGCACCACUUACAAGUCGUGGUAGUCAGCAGUAUCGCGCAUUAACUGUACCUGAACUCACGCAACAAAUGUUUGAUGCCAAGAAUAUGAUGGCAGCUUGUGACCCAAGACAUGGACGUUACUUGACAGUUGCUGCAAUAUUCCGAGGCAGAAUGUCCAUGAAAGAGGUAGACGAACAAAUGCUGAACGUACAAAAUAAGAAUUCCAGUUAUUUUGUUGAAUGGAUUCCAAAUAACGUAAAGACUGCUGUUUGUGACAUUCCACCCCGAGGAUUAAAAAUGGCAGCCACCUUCAUCGGAAACAGCACAGCUAUUCAGGAGUUGUUCAGACGCAUAAGUGAACAAUUUACCGCAAUGUUUCGCCGCAAGGCGUUCCUGCACUGGUAUACAGGAGAAGGAAUGGAUGAGAUGGAGUUUACCGAAGCUGAGUCAAACAUGAAUGACCUGGUUAGUGAGUAUCAGCAAUACCAAGAAGCCACUGCAGAGGAGGAGGGAGAGUUCGAUGAAGAUGAAGAAGAGGCCUAA